AUGGAUAAAUAUGAAAUUAUUAAAAUGAUUGGGGAAGGAGCCUUUGGCAAAGUUUUCUUAGCAAAAGGAAAGGUAGAUAACCACCAAUCUGUUAUCAAAGAGAUCAAUUUAACAAAGAUGCCUGUGAAAGAAAAAGAAGCAUCUCAGAAAGAAGUAAUUCUUCUGGCUAAGAUGAAGCAUCCAAAUAUAGUAACAUUCUACAGUUCUCUUCAAGAAAAGAAUAAACUAUACAUUUUGAUGGAAUAUUGUGAUGGAGGUGAUCUAAUGAGACGGAUCAAUAUGCAACAUGGAGUGCUGUUUGAUGAGGACCAGAUUCUGGCUUGGUUUGUGCAGAUUUCCUUAGGACUGAAGCAUAUUCAUGACAGGAAGGUUUUACACAGAGACAUAAAAGCACAGAACAUUUUCCUUAGCAAUAAUGGAAUGGUAGCAAAGCUUGGGGACUUUGGCAUAGCAAGAAUGUUGAACAAUACUAUGGAGCUCGCUCGUACCUGUGUAGGGACACCCUACUAUCUAUCGCCGGAGAUCUGUGAGAAUCGACCAUAUAACAAUAAAACAGAUAUUUGGUCUCUUGGCUGUGUCCUCUAUGAGCUGUGCACUUUAAAGCACCCGUUUGAAGGCAACAGUUUACACCAGCUGGUGCUGAAGAUCUGCAGAGGACAUUUUAUCCCAGUGUCUCCAAAGUAUUCCUAUGACCUGAGGAUUUUAAUUUCCCAGCUGUUUAAAAUAUCUCCAAGAGAUCGACCAUCUAUCAAUUCAAUAUUAAAGAAGUCCUUCUUGGAGAAGCGCAUCACCAACUACUUGCCCCCUGAGGUAAUGCAGGAAGAAUUCAGCCACACUGUUAUACAUAAAAAAAGACCAGCAGCACAGUCUGUAGCCAAGUUGGUGCAGGUUCCUAAACUUCAAAAAGUGAGAGUCCAGGACCAUCGUCCUCCAAGAUCCAGGAUGGUGGCACCUGUCAAGAAACAGGAAUUAUUACAUAGUAAUGAAUGGAAACCUCCUUCAAGAGUCCAGCAGCCUAUUGUCCAGCAUUGGCGCUCCAGAUUUAAGAUGGCAGAAAGGCCAGAAGCUGCCAGAGUACAUGGACAUUAUGGUCAUUACUAUGAUAAACUUGACAACUUGCAGAAGAGACUUUAUGUACAAGAUGACCUUUCUCACAUCAACCAAAGAGUCGAGGAGUAUUAUAAACAGAAAGGACAAGUUGCACCACCCUCACCUGAGUGGCCUGCAGAGUAUCUUCAAAGACGGCUCGAAGCCCAGCAGUACAAGAUGAAAGUGGAAAAGCAGUUGGGACUGCGACCAUCCUCUGCUGACCCACGUCACAACCAGAUCCAGCAGCAGGAAGUGAUGGAAGAGCAGCUCAAAGACCAUCAGAGGGAUCUGGCUAGAAGGAAUGAAAUAAAAGAAGAGGAAUACCUGAAACAAUUACAGAAAAUUCGGCAACAGUACCACAGUGAUGUGAAAGAACUUAGAUUCAAAGCAGGGGCAUUCCAGGAGAAUCCACAAAUAAAAGACAAAACCUAUCUUGUGAAACAAGGGAAAGCUGGGGGCCAGCCCGAUCCAAAAGAUACUCCUGGAAGAAGAGAAGAACCAGUCCAGGAUAUUGAAGAAAACUUAAAACAUAUCAGACUACAGAACUGGCAAGAGAGAAGAGUCCUGGAAAAGAAACAUAAAACAAAGGGAGGAGUAAAAUUUGAAAUUAAUUUAGAUGCAUGUGUUCCUGAGGAAGAUACUGUGCAAGAAGAGGAACUAGAUAAACUUAAUGAGACGUUAACUUUUGAGGAUGGUGAGAAUCUUAAGGAGAAAUGGAUGAAGAUCUAUGAAGAUCACACACAAAAAACUUUGGAAGAACUAUGCUCUCCGGAAGCAGAGGCUGGCAAUAUAGAUAAUGCCAUGGAAAUCAGAAAACAAUGGCAAGCUGGAGCCCCACAGACUCUCCUGGAUUUUCUAGCUGAGGCAGAUGUCACAUCUGUCUGCCCUACAAUGGCUGAAAGUGAACUUGCUGGCCAGGUGGUUAUCGUGCCUGAAGAAACCCCAGAAAACAGGAAACAGUGGAAACAAGAAGCACCUGGGACACUGCUGAGUAUCUUAGCAAAAGCAGAACUGUCUAAUGACUCCUUCUGCUGGAUUGAAGAGGAAUCUGAGGGGACAUUAUCACCCUGGCCGCCAAAAGAGAAUAACGAAGAUAAUGCAGAAACAGGCUCCACUAUCGAUACCGAUGAAAACAGACUUGAGCCAAGAUCUGAUGAUGAUGACACGAACUUUGAAGAAUCUGAAGAUGAAUUGAGGGAUGAGCUGGUGGAAUCACUAGAAAAAGUGAUAACUUCUCUGGCAGAGGAAGUCAGAGAGGUGCCAAUCCAGUCAGCAAACAAAGACAAACCAGAAGAAGAGAAAGAAAGCUUAGCUAGUGAAAUACCUGGGAGACCUGAUGAGGUUUUAGACAAUAACGCUGAUCCAUUUACUGCUGACAUAUGUAAUGGAGAAGGCAGGCAGGAAGCAGCAAUCAGCUAA